AUGCCUCGAGAAAGCGACGAGCCUCCGGCCGUGCGCGUGUACACGGUUUGCGAUGAGUCCAGGUUGCGUAACAUGCUGAUCUGGGGUUUCCCCUCUGUCAUCCAAUCCAAUCUUAUCUUGGUUUUUUCGUGAAGUAGAUCAGGCUGGACUUGUCGAAUUCAUCUGAGUUUCUCUCAGGUACUUGAUCGUGAGGAACGUUCCUGCUCUAGGAUGCGGAGAAGAGCUUGCGAAACUGUUCGGAACUUAUGGGGAGAUUGAGGAGUACGCAUCUUAUUCUUCACGAGUCAUCCUACUACUUUCCGCAGAGGUUUUUCUUAUAGUGAACUAAGGAUUUACGAUUUGAAUUCGUUCGUGAAUUUCUAGGGUUUGCUUCUGAGUAGAAUUGUCUCGCUGUUUCUUGGUUGUCUUCCAUAUAGAUUCCUGUAAUAUUUUCUUUUUUUUUCACUUCUUUUAAUUUCUUCGGGAAGACGAUUUCUGUUCAUGUGCAAGAAUUAGGGGUGCUAAUACCUACAGUAUUUAUCAUUUGAUGAUGCCAAGAGAUUGAUUUGGGAUCUCCUUCACAGAAUAUAAACUCCUGCAAAUUUUCGACUAUCACCAAGUGUUUAUUCCCAGUUUCUUCCCCUCCUCUUUUUCCGCCCAGUGAUGUCUCUUGAACUAUUGCUUCUUUCCCCUAUAUCAUUCAGGUCCAAACCCAUGGAUGCCGAGGACUCUGAAACCUUCACCGAUGUCUUUUGGAUCAAAUUUUCCAAGAUCAGCAAUGCCAGGUGAUUGAUUCAACGUGCGAACACAUGCCAUCGUAGCUGGAAAUGUAUCAUCGUUGGUGAUCAUUAGCCUGGACGAUUAGCAUUUCUUUAGCAACCCAGGGUGUCUUGUACCUGAUACUAUCUACCUAAAUUCCUUAGUCUCUUCUUCCGCUUGUGAUCUCACCGUAAAGAACACUAAUCGAGUCUUUUUUCAGGUUUGCGAAGAGGAAACUGGAUGAAUUCGUCUUUUACGGAAACAGGUUGCAAGUUUCAUACGCUCCUCAGUUUGAGUCGCUUUCAGAUACGAAAGAGAAACUCGAGGAUAGGAGGAAGGAAGUCCUUCGCCGAAUAAGAUGUGGGUCUAUUUUUCAUUCUGUGGCGGGGAACUCCUGUCACUAUUUUCAGCCAUUGGCGUUUCAUCCACAUCGUCUCCUUCUUAUGCCGGAUCUGAUGACAGAUAACUUGCUUCACGAAGCUGGGAAAUCAGAAGAGCCGAAGACUCAGGUUUCUAGUAGGCUCCAUGACAGUAGAUCAUCUACGGCUGCUUCAGGGAGCUUGUCUAGGUCUGCAUCUGGCAGAUUUUUUGAGCAGGGGAACCUGAAGAAUAGGUAAGCUCGAAUGCUCGUUGCAUAGGGUCUAUGGUGACUGUAACUUUCCCACACAUUAUAUCAGAUUCCGGUCCAAGGAUGCUGUGGUUAGAUUUGGUGUCACAUUUGGAUGGAAAAACCUUUUAUCCAGAGGCAAUUAUAGGGGGGGUCAUCUCCUUAGUUAAUAGAAGCUAUCAGUGUUCACAAAGGUGUUCAACUUGUGGUAUUGAAUGUCUCUGAAUCUGGAGGAAGAAGGCACUUUUUCAAGCUUCUCUUAUAUCCACUGCUAAACACUGGAGAUGGGCAUUCAAUGUGGGUUGAGAUCAUUGCAACUUUAUCAUAUUAUCAGUCUUAUCCAACUCAAUAGAGGGUUUGAGGUCAACGUGGGUUGGGUGGUUCUGUCUAAUAUACUUUUUCUAGAAAAACCGAAAUGAAACUGCUGAAAUUUAUCUUGCUGACUUCCAUCUCUUUCUCCAGGGAGCAUGUUAAGUCGCAGACUCUUCAUAUGGAGGGCGGCAUCAUAGGCCACGUAUCAUCUAACGAGGUGCACAUUCAGGAUCUGUAGAGUGGAGCCUAGCUACGAUAAAUAAUUCGAAAAAAUGUGGCUGCAGCUCUUUUUUCAUUUCUCUUCUGAAACACGUACAUGUGGUGUCAAUCUCAGGACUAUUUUCCAUCCCCAUCAAUGAACAAGACGGUUACAUUGGUCAGAGAGAAGCUCGAUAAGGUGAACUGGUUGGAAAACCUAUCUUUAAUCGAAAUCAAAAUAAUGGAGAACUGGGUCUUUUUUAAGUCUUCUCAUAAAAUGUGGUAAUUUUCAGAUAACAUCCAGCAGUGGCCCUUCUGACUCCGAUCAGCCGUCAAGGAAGUCGUGCUUCGACAAAAGGAGGAGGAUCUGA